AUGUCUACUGCCGUUGACACUGGCGGCGCCUCAGACUUGACUCUGAGGAAGGAGGCGGUAACUGCAUCCGCCGACAAUGCCCCAACAGCACCCGAGCCGGCCGUAGGCGCGACCCGAAAGGAGCCUCCCCCUGAGAAACCCUCCGACACGAGACGCCGGUCAUGGGUGGUUGCGUCCUUCUGGAUUAUUGUACUUUUCCUUGGACUGCCGAUAUGGUGGCAUACUACGAGCAUUUACAGGGCGAACCUGCCUUUGGACCGCAUGUUGGAGUGGUCGGAUGGCAAGGCGUGUCGGCCAGUCUUCCCACUACGCAUCUCACUGGAUCCGGGCUCGCUGCAGGACCAGGAGGCCGAGAAUCUGCUGCGCCUGACCCAGCACGCGCUCGACGACCUGAACGAUUUCCCUGCCCACCACCUGCGACUUCAGCUCGCCCAGAAGGAGGCCAAGCAGGGCUCUGAUGUUGCGCUCACCAUCCGGCUCACUCCUGGCGAGUCUGUACACACGGCAACAUCGUCUCUGCACCCGCACUUACCCAUUCUCGAUGUCUCGUAUCCUCCGAACUCGAUCCCAACCCCCAUGUCCUCUUCGUCGGGGCUGGCCACGUAUAUCGCAGCACAACUGCGCUCCAACUUCGCCGAGGAGCAGAACAUUAUAAACUACCUUCUCGAGUCCUCGACGGCACACCAGGAGCAACGCUCCAAGUCUGUCUCACAAGAUGUGGCGCAGACCUUGUCGAAGCGGGUUACACGGUCGCUGAAGUACGCGAGGACGUAUCACCUGACCUUCUCGCUCUUCACCAAUGGCCCGUCACCGAGCAGCUGGGACAUUGAGUCGGCCAUUGACCAGUACAUGAGGCCGGUACUGGACAUGCUUGCGCCCAUCCACAACUUUACCCUCGACACGCAGGUACAGCUGUAUGCUGCGCCAGGCGUCCAGUCACAGGUGCUCAGCAAGGAGGAUCUGUCGGCAUUCAUCAACGCCGCCGAGUGGCCCCUGUCGCCCUCGAUUGGCGGCGCGCCUACGGUCAAUUUCGUCGUGUAUAUCGGCAACCAGACGAUAGGCACUGAAGCCGCCGAGACAUCCCAGUCCUGGCUGAUCCCACAAUGGGGCUCUGUCUACCUUCUAGCGCCCCCCUCAUCAGUCCACGUUGCCUCGGACACGUUGAAGCAGCCCAUCCUCACGUUCACGUCGCAUCUUCUCUCCCUCCUCGGUACCCCGCAGUCUGGCUCGCUGCCCCUGCGCCUGUCAACCUUAACCCGUGUUCGAUCUGCAGACCUACUGCUGCGGGCUUCGUCGUCACUCGGCUCUCUGGCACGGCUUUCGCUCGCCCUGAAGAGCAUUUCUAUCCCCUCCAGCGUCGCCGACGGAGUAGCCAAGUCGAUGCACCACCUAGAGUUGGCUUGUGCCAGCUUGGGCAACCCCGAAAGCCUGGAGCACGCGCAGAUUGCCGAGGCCGAGGCCGAGCGUGCGUUCUUCGAGAAGAGCAUGGUCGGGCAGUUGUAUUUCCCAGACGAGCACAAGAUCGCCGUCUACCUGCCAUUGCUAGGCCCAGUUGGGGUGCCCCUCGUCAUGGGGCUACUAAACGAGCUCAAGGCUUGGAGAAAUAGACGUAGACAGAAGGCCAAGGCAGCAUAG